GCCUGCUGUGUUCAUCCAGCCCUGCACCUUGUUAUCUCUUGAAGUUAAGCUUCCUGUCCAGUACAUUCACUGGAAGCUAAUCUUGGCAACGUCCUUCCCUUCAGUACACUCCUCCUACUGCACGCCCUGUAGUUUCUGUCGUCAGCGAACUGUUGCAGAAAAACACGACCCUGCUGAAUUUUUUGUUCGAAAACAAUCGGGCUGGAUCUCGAUACCGUGCAACUCAAGCGAAGUAAAACACAGCAAAGUCAUUGAAAGCAGACGAUCGGCUCGCUCAAGUGCUGUUUUCCCACUAUCACGAUCGACGCAAGAAGCAAGACAAUUGUGAAAAUGGCUGACUUGCUGAAGAAUAUUGGACAUACUCUUACACCAAACCAACUCCCACGGUCACAGGUGCUACCCAGUGGUCCUGAAUUGGUGCAAUAUGUGGAAAAUGGUCCUUUGAACCAAACAAUAGCGAAAAUGCUUACUCAGAAUAGUGCUGGAGUACAGGAAAUGCUCAAAGGAAAGUUCAAGUUCCUGGGUGCAACAGAGAUCGUGACUGGUAUAAUCUCCAUAAUCAUUGGAAUAGUGAAAAUGUGCAUUGAUUCAAGUCGAAAUCGCUACUUUGAAUUUUCCCUAGUAAUUGGGACACCCUGGUGGACUGGAGUUCUAUUUGUUAUUGCAGGGUCACUUGCUUUGGCUGUUGAAAAAGCACCAACUCUACCUAUGAUCAGAGGUUGUAUAUCAGCUCACGUCAUCAGUGCCAUUUCCUGCUUACCAGCUACAAUAAUAUAUGCUAUAAGCAUUGCAAUUCAACCAAAUUGUUUUUAUUCAGAUUCCUGUUCAAAUUAUAAGGGAACAAUUUCAUGUUUUGCCAUACUUCUUCUAUUGACACUGCUUAAUGCAGCAAUAUCUAUUGCAGUUUCAAGCUUCAACUGCAAAGCUCUGAACUGUUGUGGCACAGCAUCAGUGCCAAUUAUUGUGGUGUACAACAACACAUCAGAACAACUGGUUCCGUCACAGCCGUUAUAUGCGAACACUCCUCCCUAAAAUGUGACAGCAAUGAAAAAUAUGUAUGCUGAAUAAGGAAGUGUUUCUUUUGAAGUUCUGAUUAGCACAAAUUAUUUCAUCUAAUUGAGCUUGGUGCAACAUUAUUCAAAUACAUGUAAUUAUGCACAAUUAUGUUCAUUUUGUUCUUGGGCUACACUUGAUUUCACGAAGGCCUCAUGUCUUGUUCAUAUUCUUGUUUGGUUUCAAAAGCAUGAAGGGUCAACUACUUACAGUGGAUGACAGUUCAGAUAGGCCAUGUAAUGUGUGCAGUGGACAGGUGAGAGAAGUGGGCAGGCUUCCGACAAUAUAAGAAAUUGGUAAACAGAUUCUAUUGUUCCAACCACCCGACAUUUAAUAGCAAUUUAUUUUUGGUAGACAAAUUCCAUUCAAUUUUAUGACUUGCUGUGAUUUCUGGACCAUGCCAAUGUAUUAUUUAUAUAAAUACUUGGUUUUCUCUUUGGCUGAUAAUCAUGCAACCUUCCAUUUCUCGGAAAUAGCAAAAACUGCAGAUGCUGGAGGCAGAGUCAAUACAGUGGAGAAGAUGGAUAGUUUGUGUCAGGUUGUAAGUUCCAGAGGCAUCUGUGCUCUGUACGCUAUAAUCAACAGUAUUUCCGGUUGCCAACCAUUUUAACUACCUCUCCACUCCCUUGGUGACAUGUCUAUCCUGGGCCUCCUCCAGUGCCCUAAUGAUGCCACACGUAAACUGGAGAAACAACACCUCAUAUUCUGCCUCUGGAGCUUACAGCCUGAUGGCCUCAACAUAAAAUUCAGCAGCUUCAAGAUCUCCUCACCCCUGGCCUCAUACCAUGUUCAUCCCUCCCUCUCAUCCCUGCCUCCUUGACCUGACACAACCUGUCCAUCUUCUUUCUCAUCUAUCUGCCCAACCCUUCCAAUGACCUAUCUCCACCUGCCUCCACCUAUCACCAUUACACCUACCUUCCCCCAGCCUCAACCGUUGCCUUCUAUUUAUUUCCGAGCUCCCUUCCCUCUCCCCAGUCCUGAUGAAGUGUGUAAACCCGAAAUGUUGACUUUCCUGCUCCUCUGAUGCUACCUGACCUGCUGUGUUCCUCCAGCUCCACACUGUAUUAACCCUCCAUUUCUUGUAGACUAGCUCUUCAGAGUGGAACACACAUUUUACAUAUCCACAUGCAUUGAAAAACAACAUGAAACUGUUUAUUCACUUGCAGACAAACGUCUGUCAAAAGUCAGAACCCAUAGCACAGUGCUAGUCAAACACAUCAACAAAUAGUAGACUGUUACUCAACCAUAAAAUGUAAAAUAUAACAGUAUCCAAUAACAAAUCUCCAAAAGCCUGGAGAGGAAUGUUGCGUAAAUAUAUGAAUAACUCGUUCCAUCGAAUAAAGUUACUCACAAUAAUUAAUUCAAAAAUUGCAAUAGAGACACAUUAACCAACAGUACAGAAUAAAGUAACCCAAAACAUAUUAAAUAAUAAUACCCAAUAAGUGAACUGAAGAUGUCAAUAAAAAUCAACUUUGCAUUUCAUAAAUAGUACACAAAAUCAUUUGAACAUGUUAAUAAAUAGCACAUAAAACUAAUAAACAAAGAGGAAAAAUAGACACUGGUAUCUCAUAAUUUCAUCAAUAAUGACAUUGCUGUUGGACUAGUUCAACCCCAAGGUUAUUUUACUUGGCUGUAUUUCAGUGGAUUUGUUAACUUGAGAUUUACCAAGCUCCCUGAUGUAUUUCAACUUGGCAGACUAUAAUAUUGUCGUCCUGAGCAGAAAAUAAUGUAAACAGAAAAUGAUAAAGGAAGGGUGUUUAGAAAUUAAUGCUGUUUUACAAUCAAGUCCAAUCAUAUGUAAUGGAGGAGAUUCCUCUCCAAAUUAUGCUUCUAUGAGAUAGAUAGCCUGAACUUUCUGAUGUUGCUGUAUUGUUCAAUAAAUGUGCACAAAGAUAAAA